GUGGAGGUGGGAGGAGGAGCCAGAGGCAAACCUGGGAUGCGCGCGCACCUGCCCCCGCCAUCGCCCCGCCCAGCUCCCGCGGGGUGGGCCCCACCAAGGUCCCGCCCGCGCGCCUCGCCUGAGGCUGGUCAGCUCAGACCAAUCGCCCGCCCCCGUCGCUUAAAUGGGCCGGCGGGGAGCAGCUACCGGAAACAGCCGGGAACUACGGAGUUGCAACCGCGGCGGGCGGCGGCGGCAAGGCGCAGCCCUUCUUCCAGCAGAGAACAUCAUGGCAGAGCAGGUUGCCCUGAGCCGGACCCAGGUGUGUGGGAUCCUGCGGGAAGAGCUGUGCCAGGGCGAUGCCUUCCAUCAGUCCGAUACACAUAUUUUUAUCAUUAUGGGUGCAUCGGGCGACCUGGCCAAGAAAAAGAUCUACCCCACUAUCUGGUGGCUGUUCCGGGAUGGCCUUCUGCCUGAAGAUACCUUCAUUGUGGGCUAUGCCCGCUCCCACCUCACAGUGGCCGACAUCCGCAAGCAGAGCGAGCCCUUCUUCAAAGCCACGCCAGAGGAGAAGCCCAAGUUGGAACAGUUCUUUGCCCGCAACUCCUAUGUGGCUGGCCAGUACGAUGACACAGCCUCGUAUAAGCGCCUCAACAGCCACAUGAAUGCUCUGCACCAGGGGCCACAGGCCAACCGUCUCUUCUACCUGGCCUUGCCCCCCACUGUCUAUGAGGCUGUCACCAAGAACAUCCACGAGACCUGCAUGAGCCAGGCAGGCUGGAACCGUGUCAUUGUGGAGAAGCCCUUUGGAAGGGACCUGCAGAGCUCUGACCACCUCUCCAACCACAUCUCCUCCCUGUUCCGUGAGGACCAGAUCUACCGCAUCGACCACUACCUGGGCAAGGAGAUGGUCCAGAACCUCAUGGUGCUGAGGUUUGCCAACAGGAUCUUUGGCCCCAUCUGGAACCGGGACAAUGUCGCCUGUGUCAUCGUCACCUUCAAGGAGCCCUUUGGCACUGAGGGCCGCGGGGGCUACUUUGAUGAAUUUGGGAUCAUCCGAGAUGUGAUGCAGAACCACCUGCUGCAAAUGCUGUGUCUGGUGGCCAUGGAGAAGCCUGCCUCCACCCACUCAGAUGAUGUCCGCGAUGAGAAGGUCAAGGUGUUGAAGUGUAUCUCAGAGGUGCAGGCAGACAACGUGGUUCUGGGCCAGUAUGUGGGGAACCCCAACGGAGAGGGUGAGGCCACCAGAGGGUACCUGGAUGACCCCACAGUGCCCCAUGGCUCCACCACUGCCACCUUCGCAGCUGUUGUCCUCUACGUGGAGAACGAGAGGUGGGACGGAGUGCCGUUCGUCCUGCGCUGUGGCAAAGCCCUGAACGAGCGCAAGGCCGAGGUGCGGCUGCAGUUCCGGGAUGUGGCCGGGGACAUCUUCCAGCAGCAGUGCAAGCGCAACGAGCUUGUGGUCCGCGUGCAGCCCGACGAGGCCGUGUACACCAAGAUGAUGACCAAGAAGCCCGGCAUGUUCCUCAGUCCCGAGGAGUCCGAGCUGGACCUCACCUACGGCAGCAGAUACAAGAACGUGAAGCUCCCUGAUGCAUACGAGCGCCUCAUCCUCGAUGUCUUCUGUGGCAGCCAGAUGCAUUUUGUGCGCAGUGACGAGCUCCGGGAGGCCUGGCGGAUCUUCACGCCACUGCUGCACAGGAUUGAACAAGAGAAGCCCCAGCCCAUCCCCUAUGUUUAUGGCAGCCGAGGCCCUGUGGAGGCGGAUGAGCUGAUGAAGAGAGUGGGCUUCCAGUACGAGGGCACCUACAAGUGGGUGAACCCCCACAAGCUCUGACCCAUGUACCCCAGGCCCUCACCCCAACCCCCUUGCCUCUGUCCUCCGCCGUUUGCCAUCUCCUAACCCCCCACUGGGAGGACUUCGGGACCAUAGACCUCAGCCUCACAUUCCUGGCCCUGGGCUGCCCUGGCUGCCCUGCCCUGCUGCUGCCCAGGCCGAGCACAUUCCACAACCACUGAGCACUUGAGCCUCAUGCUGUGACUCUUCCCAACCACGCAACUGAGCUCCAGUGGAAGGAAGAAGACUGUCCCCUCCAUCUGUCCCAGGCUCCUUAGCCAAGGACAGGAGUUAGGGGUGAUAGGGAGGGGCAGUGGGUGGGCUUCAGCGGGCCAGUGGCUGACUCACACUCCACUGGCUGUGCACAUGCAUGCCAGCCUCAGUGCCACUUUACAUUCCUGGUCACCCACUGGAAGGGAUCUCCAGGCUGCCCAGCAGCCCCCUGUGCCUCAGGCCCCCUGAAUGGCCCUCUGCCGUACCAGCUCUCCCUGCCGCCCUAGCUCUACACUCCAUGGCCCACCCUCCUCGCCUCACCACAGAUAAAGCAGAAGCAGCAGGCAGGAUGGCUGCCUCAGCCACCUGCCAUUAAAUCCACGAGCACACCCA